UGCCUACCAUAACCAAAGCCAGGAAGGACAUGUGGUGGUAUUGUAGGGAGAGCCAAUGCCAAUGGAUAUGACCUGAACAGAAAUUUCCCUGAUUAUUUUGAAAACAAUCCCAAUCCACUUCAGCCUGAGACGCAGGUCAUCAUGGACUGGUUAAGAGAACUCCAGUUUGUUCUCUCCGCAAAUCUGCAUGGUGGCGCCCUCGUGGCAAACUAUCCCUACGAUAACUAUGCUGGAGCCAGUGAGCUAGUAAAGGAGAAGCCCCGAUUAGCUGCACAGACGAGUAAAUCUGAUGACGAUGACAUUCUCAAGCAUAUAUCUAAAGUGUAUUCGUAUUCACAUAAGAUAAUGUGGGAUACAGAAGAGAAUAAGGCGUGUUCAUAUGGCCCUCCAUUUACCGAUGGCAUCUCUAACGGUGCCAAAUGGUACCCAGUGCUAGGUGGCAUGCAAGACUACAAUUAUAUCACUGAAGGCUGCAUGGAGGUUACACUAGAGAUAGGAUGUUGCAAGUUCCCCAAUGCGUCAACUCUACCUGACUACUGGGUGGAAAACAAGGAUGCUCUUGUAAACUACCUCAUGACUGCUCAAAUGGGUGUGAAAGGCUACGUUUCUCAAAAUAACACAGAUCCCGUAAGCAAUGCUAAGAUCUACAUUGAUGACAGAGAUCGUUACGUGAACUCAACUCGUAAUGGAGAAUACUGGAAACUUGUACUGCCUGGAACAUACAAAGUCAAGGCCCAAGCUGAUGGCUUCCGCUCAUCUGAGCAAACUGUGACAGUUCCUGAAUCAGGUCCUAUUGUCGUAAACUUCACCUUAUUCCCAGGGCAGGAUCCAACAGGUGGCGCUACUAGCAUUCCAGUCAUUUCUAGCCUCGUUCUGACUCUGUUAACAUUACUUAGUCAAAUAUUAUCAUGAAGCUGUAUCUGUAAGCACUAGCGUAGCCAGAAUGAGGCAGACGAGGCGCUUUUUUACAUCCUUUGAGAAAUAUUCUUCUUUCUUUGAAGUUUUAC